ACAACGUCAACGUCACGGGCGAGGGUUGAAGAGAAGGUUCAGGAUCAGAGAGAGGGAAGGAAGGUAGAAAGGAGAGGCGGAGGAAGAAGGAGGUCGAGGGAGAGGGAAAACCGCGAGGAAAGGGGGUGGGAAAACAACCGGCUGCAUUAAACAAGCGAUCAUUAAAGUGAGCCCCAGGGACCGGCGGAGAUUCACCACAGAGCCUGAAGAGGACAAAGUGGCGUCACCCGAGUGAAGAGAAGGGGGAACGAAUCUCCUCAGACACACAAACACACGCACAGUUUGUUCCCCCCUUCCCCCGUCUUGUUUUCGUUGCCGUCUGAGUAUACAUCUCGAUAUCUAUCAUUUUUUUUGUGCCACCCCCUUUUUCUACCCCCUCCACCCCCCCGGGCCGGGGGUUCCGACUCUCCGUUUGCACCUGAAAAGAGUUUGGUUAUUUUCCUGUGUGUGUGCGCGGCGGAGGGGUUUGGGGGGGGGGGGGGGGGGAGUGGGGUGGAGGAGGAGGUGGUGGUGGUUUGGAGGAAGACAGGCCCGAGAAGAGGAAUUAAAGCCGCCACCUCCUCAGCAGCACCAACAUGUCCUCCCCGAGUCCCGGGAAGAGGCGAAUGGACACCGAUGUGGUCAAACUUAUUGAAAGCAAACAUGAAGUAACCAUCCUGGGUGGACUGAAUGAAUUUGUAGUCAAGUUUUAUGGACCGCAAGGAACUCCCUAUGAAGGUGGUGUAUGGAAAGUUAGAGUGGACCUACCAGACAAAUACCCAUUCAAAUCUCCUUCCAUAGGAUUUAUGAAUAAAAUUUUCCAUCCGAACAUUGAUGAAGCAUCAGGAACCGUAUGUCUAGAUGUAAUUAACCAGACAUGGACAGCUCUUUAUGACCUCACCAAUAUAUUUGAGUCGUUCCUGCCUCAGCUGCUGGCCUAUCCAAAUCCAAUUGACCCUUUAAAUGGUGAUGCUGCAGCAAUGUAUCUCCAUCGACCAGAAGAGUACAAACAGAAAAUAAAAGAAUAUAUCCAGAAAUACGCAACAGAAGAGGCGCUAAAGGAACAAGAGGAGGGUGCGGGUGAAAGUUCAUCAGAGAGUUCUAUGUCUGACUUCUCCGAGGAUGAGGCCCAGGAUAUGGAAUUGUAGUAUCACCACCCACUUUCAAAGAGACAGACUAUAUAAUUUCCUAACCAUUGAAAAGCAGACUAUAAUAUUCAUAUUUAAAAACAAAAAGCAAGUUUUUUUUAUUACUAAAACCAGGUUUUUAUGGAUAGCAUUGGUAUAUUAUCACCCUAGUUUUUUUUCCUCUCCUCGGUCAUUUCUCCAACUUGAAGUGCAUCUUACCGCACAUUCCACUAGCUGUGAGGCCCAAAUGCAUGCUAUCUCAUAACUUUGGUAUACCUAACUUGUAACAUGUUUUGACCCAAAAAUGGAAGAGAGCAAGAAAAAUUGAACAACGGAUUGGUGCAGAGCGGGAUAUCAACCAAGCAAGAAUGACUAUUUAUGCUGUCUGCUUCUCGAUCAGAAAAAAAAACAGCGCUAGAGAGAACAGAAAGUUUCAGUAAAAUCGAAGCACAAUGGAAGGUUUAUUAGCAGAAGAAAAACUAACAUAUUAUUUGCUCUGCAUGUUUUUUGGUUUCUAUUUUUUUCCUCGUGAAUAAAAAUGGACGUACAGAUUA